ACGGCGAUCCCCUCUCGAAACACUGCAAAACUGCAAGCCCUCGUGGGAAUAAAUAGUGUCCAGAUCGGCAUUAUAGAGUCAUGAGCCUUGCAAGCGUAUUGGAGGGACGUAGCAAUGCGGCAUCAUUCCAAGACACGGACUGGGUGCAAGACAUGCAGGCGUCGUAAAAUCAAGUGCGACGAGGAAACUCCCAUAUGUAAUAACUGCACAAAACGGAAGAUCGAAUGCAUAUGGGAGGGGUCUAACGAUAACCACCCCGCGUCAUCGCCGGUGGAGCCACUGCCAGUGGCCCCAUACCCUCAGGGAACGCCGUCCACGUCAAGUCUGCCUCCCUCUGAAGGAGAUGACAUGCUCGAUGUCCUUGGACUCGAACUCAUACAUCAUUAUACCAACAGCACAUGCUUCACCUUUUGUCGCGACGAGGCCAGAACGGAAAUAUACAGGUCCAAGCUCCCGGCGCUUGCGUUUCAUGAAGGCAACUCAUUCCUUCUCCAUGCCGUCCUAGCCAUUUCCGCUCUACAUCUCUAUUCCCUUAACCCGGCAUCUAGCAGAUACAGCCUGGCCGCCAGCACUCAUUGUGCGCAGGCUCUCGCUGGAGUCAAGGCUGUCUGGUACGAAGAGGGCUCCUCCAGCGCAGACCCCAACGCAGUAUUCCUGACGUAUGCGGUGCUGACUGUAUACGGCCACGCUACCAGCACGCCGCCACUCUGUCACGAAACUUCUAAAGACUGGCUCAGCGUCCUCCGCACUCUAGUGUCAUUCGGACAGAAGUGGCCACUAGAUCGCGAUAUUUCAGAGGCUUUCCAACGGGCGCUUCUCCCGCAAAAUAUAGACGAGCCUAUUAACCCUGCGGUACGAUUUCCGGACUCCCUCACUGUACUCCCGCUCCCUCUACCUGGAUCCCCGGAUAUUGCGGAAGUGCAGAAUCCUGUGGUAUCGGCGGUGUACCAAGAAUGCGUUGCUUUGCUGAGGCUUGUGUGGAAGGCGUCGUUUCACCCACAUUACCAAUCGUACGCACUCAUGUCGUGGUUCGGACGCGUACCCAUGGCGUUCUUUGGUUUUCUUUUUGAGAGAAGACCUCGAGCCUUACUCCUCAUGGCGCAUUUUUACGUGAUUUCAAAGAGGGUAGAGCAGACAUGGUGGUCGAAGAAGGAUUGGGAUCAGAUUAUUCUGAAUCUGACGAAUGAGAUCGGUGUGAAGUGGGAGGAAUUCAUGGAUUGGGAUACCGGAUAUCGGAGCCCGGCUGUACGAGAUGACCAUCUCUCAUUCCCUUGGCUCACGAACUAUAAUUUGUAGUGUAUCUUGUAGGAUUUUGGGAAGGCUACGUUAGAUGCAAAUAAUGUAAUGUAACAAGUGUUUCCGGACUUGGACGACGUAUCAAAU